AAGCGCCACGUCUCUUCGUAAUCAUGCCUUUUCAUCGAGUCGGGUCGGGUCCCUUCAACAUAUAAAAUUGAGAAUUUUCCCAAUCUUCUCCACUUUUGCCAUUUUUUGCGCCGCAGCUCUGCCGUUGAUUUCGUUCACCAUCCCCGUUCGCUUCCGUCGCCGUCGUAGUCCAAUUUGAAGGUUAGUUCCCUCUUCCCCGUUCUCAUGGCGUCUUCUGAUUCCAAUCCUUCCACUCCCGCUGUCGACCCAGCGGUGGUUUGUUUUGAAGAAAUGUACCGUCACGAUCCCUCCCUCCGCCCCGACGGCUUGAUGGGAGGAAUUGACCACUCUAGGGUUCUGAGCGCGGUGCCUGUUCAUACGUCUGUCACCGUGGCGUCAUCGUCCCGGGCACCGCCCUCGAAAAAGAAGAAGAAGAAAUCGAAAGUUGUCAAGGGGAAGAACCCGAAAUCCUUACCCGUUACCGUGUUGGAAACGGGUCCGAUUACGAACACGGGUUGUCUUCUGUUGGAUAUUGACUUUAACGAGGCUCUCCGCUUUGUGGGAGACGGUUACACAGUGCGCCGACCACACACAACCAACCAUGUUUUCUCUGUGACCUGUCCCGACGCCGAGGUUGGGGUGCACGUGGCGUCAAUGCGCUACGGCCUUCGCUUCCCUCCUCACGACUUGAUAGUCCAAUUCUUGAAUUUCUACCGUUUGUUGCCGGGUCAGCUCAGCCCCCACUCCUACUAUUGCUUCUCAAUCUUCCUGAUUAAAUGUCAUAAGAAGGGAGUCCCCUGGUCCUUAGACCUGUUCCGUUACAUGUUCAAGGUUUCCAAAGUGGGGGCCAAUGAAGGGAAUUCCUAUGCUGUUGUCUCUUCCCAGGCCGACUUUGGUAUGGCCGUCUUCCCUUCAUCCCUGAAACUUUGGAAGGCCAAGUUUGUCUUCAUUUCUGGCUUUCCCAGGGACCGGCACCCUUUCCACGCCAGGUUUCCCGAAUGUCACACGUUUAUUCGUCAUCCUCGUCCUGCGGCCACUCCCGAGCUUCAGGCGCACGCACAAAAACUGUUGGAAGAUUGCCAGCCUAAACCACCCCACGUGUACACGGUGUGCACGGAGCAGAACCUAGCAGAGGUGGGAAUCCUUAUCUCCCUUGAUCGUCAGUUCGAGUUAUCCGAAGCCGUGCUCGGGAGUCGUCCGAAGCAUGGGCUUGAGGAGAGUGCCCCGAGGUCGGAGGAUUUAGAGUCGGAGGACAACGAAAGGGAAGAUGACGGGGAAGCCGGAACCGUCGAAGAAUCAGGGCAGCCGUCCUACUCCGAGGGGUUUGCUGGGGAUAUGAAUCCGGUGGAGGUUAUCCGCAAGGCCAAACUGUUGGCCCGGAAUCGCAGCGGAGGAGAAGGGGUUCAACAAAAACCACCAUCCGAGGAUGCAUCUGGAUCUGCUGCUCCCGUUCCGAACUUGGAGAUGAUUCCGGCUCGAAAUCAGAGGAAAAGGAAAGUCAUCCAAGUCGAGGAUGAAGAUACCGCGUCCGAGCAGGAUACGGUUCCGAACCAGCUUCCGUUGAGCAAACGGCCGACUGGUCCCCAGGAUGGGAAGUGCCCCACUACCUUUGACAAAGCUGAUGGGGAUGUGAAUGCCGAGACCGAGGUCGCAUCUCUGUCCGCGGUGUUGAAGGAUGAGGACGAGGUCCUCUCGUCCCUGCAAGGCCUGGUGGAUGGAUUCCACAAAAAGGUGUCCGCGAAAUUGAGCUCAAUCAGCAAACGCCGGGCCGGGGCCGAAUUCUCCUCAGGCGUGAAUUUCCUGGCUUCGGUGGAAACAGAGUUAUCCCGCCUACGGAAAUCGGUGGAAGCCGAGCGCGAACGAGCCGUCGAGCUUGAAAUGCAAGCCGUGGCGAAGCCCGAGGAGGUGGUCCGGCUGCAGGGCCUCCUGAAAGAGUCGGAGGAAUCAACCUCACAACUGACGGCUUCAAUGGCCGAGCUCGAGGGGCGACUGCGCCAGUCCGACGGCCGGAUCUCCGAGCUGGAUUUUGAACUGGCCGAAGCUGUCUCCGCGCAGCGGUCAGUGGAAAUGGAGCGUGACCAGCUUCUUGCCGAGAGGGAGCAAGCCGUUGCUGCCGAGAAGGAGCGCGCCGUCUCUGACUUCCUUCAGUCCCCGUCCUUCAAAGAAACCUGCCUGGAGAGGAUGACCGCUUAUUACGAAGACUGGCUCAAGACCGAGGCCGGCACUGAGAAGAUGGGAGUGGAAGGGAUGAAGUGGUUCGAGAGCGGCGUCUAUCAUGGGAUUCAGCUCGUCCUUCACCGGACCAGAAGAGUAGAUCCGUCCUUCCCUCCGCCCGGGGUCGACAUUCUAGAGAUGCACGAUCCCAGCCUUAACGCUAAACUCGGGGAGAAUCCAGAUUAUCUUGGGACACCCGAGCAUGAGGACGCGGUUGCGGAUGAAGUCGGCGACGAGCUUCCCUCAAAUGCCCUUCCUUAGUGUUUUCCUUGUAAUGCUUGCAAUUUUAUUCUUUACUGUAAUAAGGGUUUUGUCACUGU